UCCCUGAUACUUUAGUCCAGAAAACAUACUUUAUUUAAGCAGCCAGAAGCCAGACAAUUUGUACAACUCAAUAGCCUUUACCUUUACUUUUUUCUGUUUCACAGCCUUCUCCAAAUCCCCUGCCCUCUGCCUGGUGCUUAUGACCUGAUACCCUGGAGAAUGCAAUGAGUGAGUUUAUCCACUUGCCUGCCUCGGGCUGUCUCGGGAACACAGUGCUCAGCCCAGACAGGAGCGUGCUUAAGAAGAUCCGUUUACACAGUGGAUCUUCUGCUUUAAAAGGAAUAAAACAGCCAGCUCUAGAGGAAGGGAGCAGCAGCGUCCGGGGAUGCUGGUCCCUGUGCGCUCCCCUGGGGGUGCAUUCCCCAGCGCCGUUUGAGGCUGCUCAGCUCCAUAAAUGCCAUUUGCAUCGGGAUAGGAUGUAACAAGAGCUGUAAAUCACUGACGGCUGAGGAACAACUCCAGGAGCAGACACGGCGGAGCCGGGCCUCCGCGAGCUGUGGCAAUGUGUGAACGGUAUCUUUUGUUGGGGGGGAGAGGGGGAGAACUGAGAGCAAUUAGAUGAUACUUAUCUGGUCCUUUGAUGUGUAUUUACACAAACAACGUUUUCCUCCGCGAUUUGUGGUAUAAAAGAGGAGCUGUGCUCCUUGACACCCUCCUACAUCUCCGAAACAAGGCAGGAUGACCAAGGCCCCUUUCUCUGUGGAGUGGUUGUCCCAGAGCAGCCAGGCGCUCAAGAGCACCACCGCGGACUCCCCGCACCAACCCUCCUCCGCGGGCCACCGGCCCGCUUCAGCGUCCAGCCCCGGCUUGAGUGACGGGAGCAAGAAGCAGCCCGCCGGGCCGCGGGCCGGGAGAGGCGGCAGGAGCCGGCAGCGUUUGGCAGCACCCUUUGCUGCAGGCGGGCGGCCGUGUGGAGCAGAGCAGUCCCCGCCGGAGGGAAGUCCCGAGCUCUCGAGCUCUGAGGAGGCCGGCGGCAAGGGCGGCCGGCGGCUGCGCACUGCCUUCAGCGCCGAGCAGGUCAGCACCCUGGAGAGCUCCUUCCAGAAGCAGCAGUACCUGGGGGCGGCCGAACGCCGCAAGCUGGCCCGCAGGAUGCGGCUCUCGGAGGUGCAGAUCAAGACCUGGUUUCAGAACCGCCGGAUGAAACUCAAGCGGCAGUUGCAGGAGCUGAGGACGGAGUCUUUAUGUAGCCCCCCUUAUGGACCUCAGAGCAGCAUUGUAUCUUUGCCGCUCACGUACAUGGCCCAGCCACUUCCUCUGUUCCGGCAAGAGGCUGCCUCCGGAGGCUUCACUUUGGCGGGGCUCCCGACACCCAGCCCGGAACUCAGCAGUGCACAGCCUGUGGGCUUUUGGCCGGCACCCUGCUUUGUUGGGUACGGGGACCCCACAGCUUUCUUGCUGGGUGUCUGACUCUUUGAUACAGACUAUGACUAAGGAGGAUUUGCACUACGGAUACCUAUCUGUAACUGCCUGGUGGAGUUACGAUGCAGCAAUGUGCAAGAUACUUUACAGAGGCAUACUGGACAAUUUGAAUCGUGGACUUCAGGUCCCAGCAUUUAUAGGCAACUGUGUAAAAUAGAAAAAAAGUGGGACAAACAC